ACCUCUAAUUAAUAGUCAAUAUUAUAUAUCAAAAUGAGGAGAGCAUGAUAAGAAAGAAUAUGGGAGCACACAAGCAUGGGUUGCUCCGCCGCCUGGAUGCCAUGAUCGACGAGAAGCUGACGUCGGCGGCGGCGGGGUGGUGGUGACCAGAGAGGCUCAAUGCUCAAUUCUCUUCUGCUGAAACACAUUCUUAAUUGUUCUUUUUUAAACCAAAUUCUCUAAAUUAAGACACAGAAAAAUAUCUUCAUAUAAUAAAACAACAAUCCUUUAAGCAGAAGCCAAGUAUAUUUAUAUGGCCACUGGCAAGCCAUAUCUAAUGUGCUUUGAGGGCUCAGAAGAUGUGAGGCAACCUGAAUGUAACUGUUGAAACUUGUAGUUGGUUCACAUUUCUUGGACACGCUUGAUCUUCUUUUAUAUACACACACACACGCACACAUAUGAUCUUGUUUAAUGUAUAAACUGAUAAUUAAGCUACUCUCUCCUGGCUUUCUCUUGUUCUUUUUGAGCUUCACCAGUACCAUACAUUAACUUGAAACAUAACCCAAGAAAGAACCAGUUCAACAUCCAUGGGGGUAAAUUAAUUAAUUUGCGUAAUUACCUAUAAAUGUGCAGAGUUCAGUAGCUAGCUGCUAGGUGAGAGCUGAUAAUUUUGCAUCAAGAUUUAAGCGUUGAGAAGAUCGAAUAUAUAUAUGUUGGCUUUCAAGGUUAUUAGUUUAGCUGUUUAUGCAGUUGUUUCUCUUCUUAUUUUCUUAGAUGUUACAGCUUCUGUAGACCACAUUUAUCGUGGAGCACCCGAGUAUCCAUCUCCGGCAACUCAAGAUGAUCCAUCACCUGAGCUACCCGGAGUGAAUUGGGCACCGGAUGACGAUGAUGAUGAUGAGCGGUCCAGAGUGUUUGAUGUCACUGGCUAUGGAGCAGUUGCUGAUGGCGCAACAGAGACUAGCUCAGCAUUUUUAGCAGCAUGGGAAGAUGCCUGUGCUUACAAUGGCAAUGCCACAUUACUUGUACCAAAUGGGGCAUUCUUUAUAGGGCCAGUCACGUUGGAAGGUCCUUGCUACAACAACCAGUCCCCAAGAAUCAGCCUUAGAGGGACUUUGAAGGCUCCCUCAAGCCUCAAUGCUUUCCCCACCUCUAGCUGGAUCGUGUUCAGAGGGCUGCAGAAUUUCGAUCUGACCGGCGAAACUGGCACAGCGACGAUAGAUGGCCAGGGAAUGGAAGCUUGGGCACUUGGUAGCUCCGAUAAGAUAGAUAAGCCUCGUAAUCGUCCUACUUCCAUGAAAUUUGUGAAUAUUUCUGGUGGGACUAUCAGCAGCAUUGCCCUGUUGAACAGUAAGAACUUCCACAUGAGCUUCUUACACUGCAAGGACAUUGUUGUCGAUGGGGUGGAGAUUCGCGCUCCUUGGGACAGCCCCAACACUGAUGGCAUCCACAUUAGUUCUUCGUGUAAUAUCAACAUUACGAAUUCGACCAUUGGAGUGGGGGAUGACUGUGUCUCCAUUGGACCCGGCAAUGCCAACAUCUUGGUUCUUAAUGUUACAUGUGGUCCGGGACAUGGAAUCAGUGUGGGGAGCCUGGGAAAGUACCCGAACGAGGAGAAUGUGACAGGGGUCUUGGUCAAGAACUGCACCAUCAGAGGCACUCAAAAUGGUGUGAGGGUGAAAACAUGGCCUGGAUCACCACCAAGCAUGGCUUCUAACUUGACAUUCCAGGACAUUGUCAUGAUCAAUGUCUCAAACCCAAUAAUCAUAGAUCAAGAGUACUGCCCUAGCCACACCUGCCUUAACUUCAAGCCCUCAGAUGUAAAGCUCAGUAACAUCUACUUUAGGAACAUCAAGGGCACUUCCCGCACCAAAUAUGGAGUAACCCUAGUUUGCAGUUCCAAUGUGGCUUGUGAAAAUGUGCACUUCGUUGAUGUGAAGCUGAACCACACAGCAGAAGACUGCAGCCUUUCGGAAACUGGCCUUAUUUUGAAGGGUGCCCUUCAAGAUGUAGAGUUCUUGCUCUAA